AUGAGCCUGAAGAGGAGUGAGAAAAUUGUAACUUUGCCAAAGAGCAGGAGUAGAGCAAAUAACCAAGAAUCAAAAGAAAAUUAUUACAGGUUUCAUUUAUUUGAGUUGACAUGUUACGUCUUCCUAGGUGUCAGAGACUCAGUGUCCCACACGAACCGACCAGGAAACCCCUCCCAGACGGCUGAACCUCCUGUCCUGCUGGACCUUCCUGAAAACAGAUCCACUCUCCUGCUGUCGCGAGAUGCCCCAGACAGAUGCACCACUCACUUUGAUGCAGUGGCCCAGAUACGAGGGGAGGCCUUCUUUUUCAAAGGGAAGUUCUUCUGGCGACUAACAAGAGAGAAGCACCUGGUGUCUCUGCGUCCCGCUCAGAUCCACCGCUUCUGGAGGGGCCUCCCACCCAAUCUGGACAGUGUGGAUGCUGUGUAUGAGAGGCCCGGGGACCACAAAAUAGUCUUUUUCAAAGGUCUAAAGUACUGGGUAUUUAAAGACAAUAACGUGGAGGAGGGCUACCCUCGACCAAUCAGUGACUUUGGCCUACCCUUGGAAGGAGUGGAUGCAGCCUUUGUUUGGCUACACAACGACAAAACCUACUUCUUCAAGGACAACCACUACUGGCGCUACGAUGACCACCUGAGACGUAUGGACCUGGGCUACCCCAAAGACAGCUCGCUUUGGAAGGGGCUGCCGCCACAACUGGACGACGCCAUGAGGUGGUCUGAUGGCUCGUCCUAUUUCUUCAAGGGGAAGGAGUACUGGCGAGUGCCGAGCAGCGACAUGGAGGUGGAGGCAGGGUACCCCCGCCUCAUCGCUAAAGACUGGCUGCUGUGCACCGAGAUGCAGUCGGACUCUCCAGACACGGAGCCCAAAAGCACGGAAACAAGAGUCAACGUGCACCAUCACCCAGACCACGCAGAGAAUGGAUACGAGGUGUGCUCCUGCACCUCUGACACCGCCUCGCCUUUGGGCGCCCGCCCCUCCCCAUCUCCCCUGUGGCUGCUGCCACCUCUCUGGACGCUCUCGCUGGCCCUCCGCUCUGAACUGCUAUGAUGCCAAAACAUGGGACAAAGUUCUUGAGCUGAUUAGUUGAGAGCCAACUGGACACUUAGCAGAAGCAAAAUUUGGAACAUUUUCUUCUCCUUCCAACAUUUGGUAUCCUUUUGUGAACAUUUUGAUGUUAUUUAUUUGACAUGUCAUUUUGGGGGCACUGCGAGCUAAAGGAGUCAUCCUUAUGGGCAUCAACCUACUCAUGCUUUACAAAGUUUUUUUACUGAAUGGUCAAAUUACUAUAUCUCUGCAAGGAAAAAGGUUAUAGACGUGUAUUCCAAUACCACAGUGUUUAUUUGUCUUCAUGUGCAGCAGGUUCACAGCUGCAAUGCCUCACAUGCAGACAAGUUAAAGGCAUUCUGGGAGGAAGGCAAGUGCAAAGGUGAGCAGUGUAGCAACACACAUUGUUGCUUAUUUCAUGAAAUUACAGCAUAAGCUUUGUUACACGAUCAGUUCACCAAAAUUAGUUCAAAAUUGCCAAAAAACAUACAGUAUGUUCUCACUUACUUCUAGUGGUAUAUAGCAAUGUAGAUGGUUCUAUUUUUAUGUAAUGGUUUCCGCUUCCACCCGAUACAGGGGAGAUGAAAGUAAUGUGUGCUGUUCGACACACUGAAAAAUUACACUCGGAAACUAACACAGUAUUGUGCCUUUGCAAAACAAUGUCAGUGUUACUCUGGAUAAUCCAUCCAGAACUCAUCAAGAGCAAUUCCUCUUUCAAAAGUAGAUUCAAUUACAGUUUACAACAAAGUAUGUAGACUAUCCAGAGUAACAUUUGGAUUUGAAGUUAUAAAAGUUAUUUUUCAAUGCUGUGUGCACCACCAACACUUUCCAUUCACCAAACAGUCCUUGUGACUGUGUAAGGAUAGAUGGAUGAGUAGGUGGAUGGACUGUCACCACCGGUUUCCUUCCCUUAACUCCACACUCAAGUGAGGGACUGCUGCUCAUGUACGUAUUCUAACGGUUAAAUCAUUUGCACCUCUGGUUCAGAAGCAUUUCCUCCUCUUGGUUUAGUUGUAUCUUACGUAUCAAAUUCAGAUUAAAUAAUAGUUUAUUUUACGUUCUUUGAUCAGGUCAUCGAGUUUGAGUAGUUCUUUGACUUUUUUUUUCGUUAUCACUCCUAGCUCCACAACUUGUCCCUUGGAUUUAUUCUUGCUGUAAAGAUAUAUUUACCUAGAGACAGAUAUAUUUGUGUUAAAAUGUUCUGCAGUUAUUGCAUAACCAAGUGGAGUGUGUAUAUUUUAAGCUGUGUUUUCUAAUGUAAAAUAUUUUUAUAGAAAAAUUAAACAAAAUCUGAAUGAUUUUAUUGGCUAAAUAAAUGUGUAUGGAGACGGAUUAUUUUGAGUACUCAGUGUUGUGGCUGUGUGGUUGCGAGAGUGUAAUUAGCGUCAU